AUGCAUCUGGACCACAAAAUUCCCUGGAACACGACAGCCUCUCAUUUCAAAUACAUCAAGUCCAAUCCCCACAUCACACCGCACACCACCGAUCUCUUCGCUCGAGACCUCCCCUCCCAAUCCAAUGACCUGAACCACUUCCGUCGCGUUCUAAUCGCGACGAUCCGCGAAUUCGGCCUUACCCAAGAGAGAAAAGCCCCGGAUGUGUCGGGAAUCCCUGACCCGGGCCCUCUCUUCUCUGAGACCCUCCUGUCCUAUCCCGAAAGAAGAUACGGCCUGGGUCCACACACCACGAACUCUGCAUUUGACAACCCCUUCUCAGACCGAUACCAAAACCUCGAAUAUUGGAUUCAUCGUGCGGCUAGCCCAGAUGAUCCAGACUACCUGGGCUAUGGGACUGGGGACGCGGACUUGGCCGAGGCCGUGAAGAUGCUCAUCACCAUUGUCGCUGAGGGCGAACCUGACGUAUCAUCGGAAGCCCAGGGAGCUCUUCUUCGGCUGAUGCGACACCCGCGAAUCCCGCUGCACGAUCUCUGGAAUCUGCAUUGGGGCCAUUCGUUCGGGGUCGAUCACGUGGCGCAUAGAGCCCUGGAGAUGUACAUCUCGUUGAAUGUCUUCGGGGCGGUGUUUGAGAAGAAGCCGUUGAGUGGCGAUGAUAGCGCCCUGUUCGCAAGCAAGACCUUUCAAAGGUAUCUCAAUCAUGCGGUGGCGAAUUAUGACUACCCUGCGCAGAAUAUCCCGCAUCGCGCAUUCUGGCAGUCAUUGGGGCUUCCGAUUGAUGGGGAGGGAGAGAAUGACAGCACGGUGAAAGAUCCACUGGAUGCUCAUUCGACCGAUGAUACCAGAGACAAGCUCAAGGCCUAUUUGAAAUUAUGCUUUACUAUUUUGUAUGUCUUUGAUACUUGUCAGCGGGAGCUUCUGAAGGAUGAUCCGACGGUCGACAGAGAAUGGAGUUAUAUGAUCACAGGCGUCUUGUUGUGGUGGGGAUGUGAUCAUGACUGGGAGACGAUGGAAUUUGUACAGAAGACAAGAGAAUAA